UUGAAGUGCAUUCUCUAGAGUCUCUCUUGGAAUAUGGCGCCCUACAGAAUUGGCUUUUUCAGCUUUGUUCUUCUUCUUGUUGCCCAUAGCUUUUAGUGGAGAUUUUGAUGACUUAUCUCCUGCUCUAGCUCCUUUUUCUGAGAAGUUGUGUGAUCAUGUUGAAUGUGGAAGGGGAACAUGCAGACCAGACUGGAGAUUCCCUUGAGCUACGUCUGUGAGUGUGAUCCGGGUUGGACAAGAACUCGUGACGGCAGCGACGAUGGUGUCAACCUCUUUAGGUUUCUACCAUGCGUGAUUCCCAACUGCACUCUUGAUUACUCUUGUCAGCCAGCUCCUCCUCCAGUACCUCAGCGAGAAGUUCCUCGCAAUUCAUCGUUCGAUCCUUGCUCUUGGACUUACUGCGGAGAAGGAACCUGCAACAGAACAGAUACAUACAAGCAUGUAUGCGAAUGCAGACCCGGGUUUUCGAAUCUUCUAAACAGAACAUACUUCCCUUGUUACAGUCAAUGUACACUCGGAUCCGAUUGCUCCCGCCUGGGGAUUACGGUCGGAGAUCAGCAAGCAACACCGGAUGGUGGAAAAGCCAACAUAUUCCUUCCAGGGAAGCUUCAUUGGGUGGCUAUUAUGGUGAUGUCCAUGGCUAUGGCUCUAUGGAAGUAGCUUAGGUUUAGCUGUACAUUAGACCCUCGGUCGCCAGUCUUUAUUAUCAUCAUCCACAGUCGAUUAUACCUUCUAUAUUUUAUGUUGAUUUGAUGAUUCUGCUUGAUUCUUCUAUAUAU